GUUGAUCGAUGGUUGAUCGUCAUCCCUGAUUGAUAAUCAACCUUUUGUUGAUUUAUCGGUGUUUUGGGUAUUCGCGUUAACAAAUUGCAAAACGUAUUUAUGUUUUGCUUUGUGUAGCACACUAAAACAAAGCGUAAAUUAAAUCUUAUUCGGAAUAAUGCGAACAAAUGCUAAUGUUUAACGCAUUCGCAAAGAAUCUGAAAGUGAAGUGAAUCAUUUACAAAAAUGCUGGACUCCUCUCCUGAAGAUGAAGAUUUCCCUGGGAGACUUUUACAUCAGGCUGCUCUUUGGGAUAACACAGAACUGCUUGAAGAUCUUUUAGAGGGAGGGCAGCAGAAUUUUCUGAAUUCGCAGGAUAGUUGGGGCAGGACUCCUCUCCAUGCAGCUGCUAUAACUGAGAACUCCAAAUGUCUAGAGGUGUUACUGAACGCUGGUGCAGAUCCUAAUAUACAGUGUGGACCUAGAGGAGAAAGCAAGACGCCUCUGCAUCUGGCAGCUCUGCAUGGCCAUUGCAGAAAUGUAUCAACUCUUCUACAGCACAACGCCAAUAUUCUAUUGCGAGAUCUGAAUGGUAUGACUGCCAUAGAUUUGGCUGAUAAUGCUGGUCAUUCGAAGUGUGUCCAUGUCCUUAAAGAGGCAGCUGAUUCCAAAGAGAAAACAAGACUGGAUAUUCAUUCAUCUAUCAGGGACGCGUGUAGUCAUGGAGACGUUAGAUCAGUUCAACAAUUACUGCUCUCUUUGCGUGACGACGCCGAGCUCAUUGUCAAUAUGUCACCUAGUGGAGCUAAUACGCUUUUAUUCACCGCCUGUCAAGUGGGGAAUAAAGAAAUAGUAAAAAUAUUACUGGAACAUGGUGCUGACGGCAGAUACCAUUCUGUCACAAAGUAUUCCCCACUUUAUAUAGCUUGUUACCAUGGUCAUCGAGAUAUUGUAGAAUUGCUAUUGCUGAAGUUCCCUGAACUAGUGCAGCAACAUACAGUAGAAAGAUGGCUUCCUAUACAUGCCUGUUGUAUAAAUGGACACGUUUCUGUUUUAGAGCUGUUAUUCCAGUUUCCAUACCCUGCGCAUAUAAUGAAAAAAUAUAGAGAUAGUACAGACCAGUGGGAGUAUUAUAUGCCGUUUGAUAUCAAUGAAAGAGAUGCCACUGGUCAAAACAUUUUGUAUGUAUCCGCUCUGCUGGGCAACAAAAAACUGCUGGAUGUGAUCUUGAAAUUUCGUGUGAGAGCCACCAGGAUAUCGCAUUUAGAGGAUGAAGAUGUUACUCCUAGUUCUGAAUCUACAGUUUUGAGCCCCACAAGGCGUAGGAUAUCGGAUGGAAUACAAUCCAUCAUGUCUAAGUUGAAUCUAUCGAGGGAGAGCUCUGUGGAGCUAGAGAAUGACCCAAACACCAAAAUGAUCUGCCCGCUAAGGGUUGAUAUGUACUGCAACAAUAACACUGAGACUGCUCUACAUGCUGCUAUUAAGGGAAAACACUAUGACAUUGUUUUUGCUUUGAUAAAGGCUGGCGCAAGUACGAAUGCGGUCAUUAGAGCAUAUCAUGACAUCAAUGAGGGUCUAAGCUAUUGUUCCGUGGAAGAAGACGUAGGCUAUGGGCAAUCCACAGGACUUGUGGAAGCGUGUAGGAAUAGAGACGCUCCUAUUGUCGAUCUCUUAUUGAAACACGGUGCGAGGGAUGAUGACUGUAAAGCUCUUUCUGUCGCUGUGCAAAACUGUGAUGAAACUCUUAUUGCCAAAUUAUUAUCUACUAAGGCUCACCCUGAUCCGGAAUACAAAAUAAAUAAAAAAGCUAUGACGGAAAACGUGAAUUCGUCCCAGUUCACUAUUUUCUCGAAUGUGACAAAUCUAACAUAUUCGACUUUGUUUCCAAAUACCGCAACUAUGAUCAACUGGCAUAACCAAAAGUGUAAUUUGACGCAAAUCAAAACGCAAUGGCUGACGGACGCUUCGCUGCACUUGAAUCCGAAGCUGAAGCAGAAUCCGAAAAACUAUGAUAUUGCUCUCUAUGCGAUCACCAGGCUAGACGUGUCGAAUAACAAUUUAACCUCAAUUCCGCUGGCUGUGUUUCAGUUGUACAGCUUACGAUAUUUGAACAUAGCUCAAAACAAAAUAGAAAAACUGCCUGUACCAGUACCGUCUCCGGUGAAAAAGGGUUUCAGAAAAAAGAUCGCCAAUCCAGAAAACCUUGGAUAUUGCUGUCCUGUACUGGAAGAACUAUAUUUGCAGGACAAUAGAUUAGAUCACAUUCCAGAGGCAAUAUUUAGGCUACCUUCCUUGGUUACGUUGGUAGUAUCUAACAACAAAUUACAACAUGUACCUUAUGACAUGUGGUUAGCUCCAAAAUUGAAAGAGCUGAAUGCUUCGUUCAACCUGUUGAAAGAACUGCCCUCUGGACCACUGGAGGCGAAAGAAGAACUCGAUAAACUGAGCUUUAGUUCAAGUGACAGUCAGCUAUCUUGCCAUACUGAACCAGAUUCAGAGUCAGAACUGUCUGAUAUAGAUAUGGAGACAAAAUUUAACCUGUCUGAAGAAGGAAUUCAGCCCGUACGUUACAGGAGGAAGGAACGUUGCUUUCUAUAAUUCAAUGAUACGCUGUGAAAUUUUGAAAGUGUAU